AUGAUGUUGUUCUUGGAUUCGACCAAAAAUGCAAAAAACUGUGCGCAGGUGGGCGGUUUUAUAGGGCGAGAUUUAUCUUAUCUUUCUCUAGGAGGUGGUGUUAUUAGGUCAAGAUAACACACCGUGUAUUAGUUUUAUUGUUAUUUUUUCGGGAAGAUAAGAAAGUGAUAGUGUAUUUUUGGGUAGGUCAACUUGGAUAACGCAAAAAAAUGUGUUUUUUCGAUUUCCCAGUGGCUUUUGACAGGUUUUCAAACCCAAAUUUUGUGCUGAAAAUGCCUGAAAAUGAGUAUUCCCAUGAUUUUCAGCACAAAAUGUCAGUCUAGAAAGUUGAUUUUCUACAGUAGUCCUAGUUGAUCCAUUUUUUCGGAAUUUUCGGCACAAUUUUCUACAGUAGCUUUUGACAGAUUUCUAGGCUUAAAUUUUGUGCUAAAAAUGUCUGAAAAUUAGUAUUUCCAUGAUUUUCAGCACAAAAUUUCAGUCUAGAAAGUUGAUUUUCCACAGUAGUCCUAGUUGAUCCAUUUUUUCGGAAUUUUCGGCACAAUUUUCUACAGUAGCUUUUGACAGGUUUCUAGACUCAAAUUUUGUGCUGAAAAUCAUGAAAUUGCUGAAAAUGACUGGAAAUCAAUGUUUCCAUGAUUUUCAGCACAAAAUUUCAGUCUAGAAAGUUGAUUUUCUACAGUAGUCCUAGUUGAUCCAUUUUUUCGGAAUUUUCGGCACAAUUUUCUACAGUAGCUUUUGACAGGUUUCUAGACUCAAAUUUUGUGCUGAAAAUCUAAGAAUUGCUGAAAAUAGCUGAAAAUCAGUAUUUCCAUGAUUUUCAGCGCAAAAUUUCAGUCUAGAAAGUUCCUUUUCUACAGUAGUCCUAGUUGAUCCAUUUUUUCGGAAUUUUUGGCACAAUUUUCUACAGUAGCUUUUGACAGGUUUCUAGACCCAAAUAUUGUGCUGAAAAUCUAAGAAUUGCUGAAAAUAGCUGAAAAAAUCCACGUGUCAUGCAAAAAUCCAAAAAACCCUGGGCACAAUUUUUUGUCUCAAAAUUUUCUGAAAAAUCAAAAACGACGCAGGAAUCACAAAAUUAUAUUGAAAAUCCUCGGGAAUUUCGAAAUUUUUGGAAAAUUCUAAUCUGAGCAAUUCCUGGAUCUGCAAAAAAAGAGGGGAAAUGAAAAUCCACGUGAAAAAAAACAAAAACUUACCAAAAAUCCAAAAAUAAUCAUCAGGUACUGUAGAACUACACAAUAUUCCACGUGUUUUUCCGCAAGCGCCUUUGAACUACGGUAGAUCAGAAUACUGUAGAUGUAGAUCAGAAGGAUUGCGGGUACAGUAACCCAGAAUAUCCAGAUUUUCAGCAGGUAGAUCAAAAUUGUGAGAAACCAUAGGAAGAUCACAAUUUUUCGCUGAUCAAAGUUCGAAUUUACGCGGGGGAAAUCGCACGACUAGAGAGUACUGUAGAAGGAUUACUGUAGGAUAUUUGAUGAAGGGUACUGUAUGUUCUCUAAUAAAAUUUAGAAAUCUGAUGAUCACAUAUUGCUCUUGUAAAUCUGGAAAAUGAGACCAGGGAAAUAAAAAUCGCUCAAGACAAUCUCCAAAAAAUCCCAAAACAUAUCCGAAAUUUUCGAGAAUCUUCAAACCCGCAAAAAAUGCGACAAAUAUGAGCAAUGUUUUCUGAAAAUCCCGAAUUCUCACACGAUCCAUCGUGUUUUGAACACUUCGAUUACGGUAGAUUUUCAGGUAGAUCAAAAGAGUACUGUAGAUUAGGCCGGAUAGAAUUAUUUUUGAUUGAAAUAGAGCUGGCAAAUUUAUUAUUUUCAUAAUUUUUUUUUUGAGAAAAAAAUCUGAAUUUCAGAGAAAUAAGAACUUCAGAUAAUUAUAGCCUCGCAAAAUGCCACGUCAUAAUUGAAUCACCGUGUAAUAUUUUCAGCAUGUGCCUUUAAAAAUCGCGUCAGGACCCGGAAGGAGGUGGGAAUCAGAAGAUUGUGGCACAGAAAUUCGGUGAGCAAAUUCUGAAGCCAAAUCGCGUCGAGAAUUGAUUGGAGCUGGAAAAAAGUGAGUUUUGUUGGGGAAAAAUCCACGUGGCAGUUGAUUUUUUAGGAAAAAAUUCAGAUUUUUUGUCUGAAAAAAAUUUUGGCUGAAAUUUUUCGUCUGAAAAUCCACGUGGCAAUUUUGGCUCAAAAAUUGAAUUCAAAAUUUCUGAACAAAAACAUUAGGCUUUGCAGUUUUUCAAAAAAAAAGUUUUGAAAUUUUGAAAAUUUUGAAAAAAAAAUCCACGUGGCAAUUUGAGUUCUGGAAUUUCAGAUUUCAAAUUCCAACAACCAAAAUUUCGGCUGAAAUUUUUUGUCUGAAAAUCCACGUGGCAAUUUUGGCUCAAAAAUUGAAUUCAAAAUUUCUGAACAAAAAAAUUAGGCUUUGCAAUUUUUCCGUAAAAAAAAUUUUGAAAAUUUCGAAAAAAAAAUCCACAUGGCAAUUUGAGUUCUGGAAUUUCAGAUUUCAAAGUCCAACAGCCAAAAUUUUGGCUGAAAUUUUUUGUCUGAAAAUCCACGUGGCAAUUUUGGCUCAAAAAUUGAAUUCAAAAUUUCUGAACAAAAAAAUUAGGCUUGGCAAUUUUUCAAAAAAAAAAUCCACGUGGCAUUUAUUUUGGCGCCAAAAUUUUAAAUUUUAAAUUUUUGAGAAAAAUUUUGUGCGGCGAAAAUUUUGAAUUCAAAAAAAUUGGCGCCUAAGUUCCACGUGACAAUUUUGAAAGCUGAAAAACCAAAAAUUUUUCGCGCCAAAAACUACAGUACCCCCCAAACUCACCAACGCUCCUAACAAAACCACAAAAUACUGUGAAUCGAUCAAUAAUUCCUUGCGCUUCUCCUCAAAAUCCUUUUCACUACGGUAGAUCAAAAUACCGUACCCCAGCGCCAGAAUCAAGCAAGGUACAGUAAUCCAAAUCGUUGCGAGACCCAAAAAUGUCCAGAAAAUCGAUAGAGUCCAAAUUAACAGGGAAUAUUUGAGGUUUUCGAGAUUUUUUCCGAAAAAUCUACAUAAAAUUGCGCGGCCCAAAAAGAGUACGGUAGCUGUGUUGAUCAGGGGUACUGUAGAUAGUCUAGAAAUUUCUGAUAAAACCGGAAUUCCAAAUGCGAAAAAAUUCAAAAUCCCAUUAUUCCAGUCAUAUUUUUUGAAGCAAAUAGAAUUUGAGAAAAAUCAAAAAAAGUCCCAAAACUUCUGAAAAUCCCGAAAAUCACCAGAAUCCCGUUUAAUAUGAGCAAUGUUUUGUGGAUUUUUCGGAUUUUCAGGGGCUUCAAUAUCGAUUUUCUGAGGGUACGGUAGGUGAAUAGGUAGAUCAAAAAUGUGGCGGAUAUUGGAAUCGGUGAAAUUAGGAUGAAAAUUGGGCCGAUGAAAUCCAUAUUGAUUUUUUUGUCAGCGAAAAAUAAAGGGGAAACUUUUUGGUUUGCAAAAAUUUUUAAUUAUAUAUAAUUAAAGGGGAGCGAUUUCUACAGUAAUCUAGAAAUGCCACGUCAUAACUAACUUUUUGUAAAUCUCACGGAAUUUCUGAAGUUUUAAAAUUCUCUUGAAGCCUUCCGAAGCCUUCUGAAGGCUUCAGGAGGCUUCAGAAGGCUUCAGGAGGCUUCCAUAGCCUUUUAAAGCUUUCUAAAGUCCUCUGAAGCCUUCUGAAAGCUUCAGCAGACUUCAGAUGGCUCCAGAAGGCUUCAGGAGGCUUCAGAAGGCUUCUGAAACCUUCUCAAGCCUUCUAAAGCUUUCUGGAGUCUUCUGAAGCCUUCAGAAAGCUUCUCGAUUUUCAGAAAAAAAUUCCUGCAAAAUUUUGAGAUCUGAAAUCUUCCAGAUUUUCAAAAACUGAACGUGAUCUAUUUUUUUUCGAAAAAAAAUAUCUCGCGCUCAGAAAAAACACUCUAUUUCAUUUUUUAUCAAAUUUCCCAAACUGAAGUGAAUAUGGAAAAAAAUCAUACGAUCAGGAAAUUGAGUGGAAAUUCGAACACGAUUCAAAAAUUGAUAGCGGUUCCCGAUCAGAAUUUGUCAAUCGCAUAUUAUAGCGCACGCAGUGUUGUGCUCUUCAUUUGUCUGAAAAAAUUCGCCGAAUAUUUUUCGGUGCUCUUUUUCACAUGGUUGAUUGUACCACUGAUUUUGGUAUGGUUGUAUCCGCAUAUGGUUUUGGAAUUGGAAAAUAAUGUUGUUGGUAUGUUUUUGGGAGGGUUUAGAAGGCUUCAGGGGGCUUCAGAAGGCUUCAGGAGGCUUCAGUAGGCUUCAGGAGGCUUCAGGAGGCUUCAGAACUACGUGGAUUUUUUUUUUAAAUAUGGAAGUUUAUGCAAAAAAAACGCCACGUGGCAACAGAUUAAAAUUCCAAGUCGCGAAAUUUCUGAUCUGCAAAGUACGCAACCAAUCCCUAAUUUUGUAUAAUAUUAGAUACUCAGCUAACUCUUCAAGAUACGCAGCCAAUUUAGAAGGCUUCAGGAGGCUUCAGAAGGCUUUAGAAGGCUUCUGGAGGCUUCAGGAGCCUUCAGAAGGCUUCAGAAGGCUUCUGGAAGAUUCAGAAAGCUUCAGAAGGCUUCAGAAGGCUUCAGAAGACUUUAGAAGGCUUCUGAAGGCUUCAGAAGACUUCAGAAGGCUUCAGGAUUAAUUUUUUUCAAUUUUCAAAAGCCAAAAAUUGUGCCACGUUUUUUAUUUUUUUUUUUUUGGAAAAAUUUUUCCACGUGGAAGUUUCUGCUGUUUUUCUACCGAAAAUUUGAUUUGACUGCGUAACUGAAACAUUAAAUACUCAAUGUACGCAGCCAAAAUUUGCAGUUCCAAAGUUUUGAUCUAUCCGAUGCAAAAUAACAUUAGAUACUCAGCCACGUACGCAGCCAAUAUAUGGUCAUUGAAAAGUUUUUGAUCUACCAAAGUUCUAUCUACGUUCAGCAUUAGAUACUCAGCUAACUCUUCAAGAUACGCAGCCAAUUUUUUCUUGAAAAUUCCAACAAUUUUCUUUCUUUAGAAGGCUUCAGAAGGCUUCAAGAGGCUUCUGGAGACUUUACAAGGCUUCGGAGGGCUUCGGAAGGCUUUAGAGGGCUUCAGGAGGCUUCAGAAGGCUUUAGAAGGCUUCUGGAAGAUUCAGAAAGCUUCAGAAGGCUUCAGAAGGCUUCUGGAAGAUUCAGAAAGCUUCAGAAGGCUUCAGAAGGCUUCUGGAAGCUUCAGGAGGCUUUAGAGGCUUUAAAAGGCUCCAGCAGGCUUCAGGAUUAAUUUUUUUCAAUUUUCAAAACCCAAAAAUUGUGCCACGUGGAAGUUUCUGCUGUUUUUCUACCAAAAAUUUGAUUUAACUGCGUAACUGAAACAUUAAAUACUCAAUGUACGCAGCCAAAAUUUGCAGUUCCAAAGUUUUGAUCUAUCCGAUGCAAAAUAACAUUAGAUACUCAGCCACGUACGCAGCCAAUAUAUGGUCAUUGAAAAGUUUUUGAUCUACCAAAGUUCUAUCUACGUUUAGCAUUAGAUACGCAGCCAAUUUCAUUUGAUACUCAGCCAUUUUUUUUGUUUGCAGAAUGGAAACCAUUAUCAUCAUCACCAGUAGACGGUUUCAAAAAAACAACAAUCAAAAUGGCCGGAGUGAGUGCGCAAAUUUGGUACAACCAAACAUUUUUGGACGAAAAAGUGUUCUGGUUCAUUUAUGUAUCUUUGAAUGGAUAUGUGCCGACUUACUCAUUUUUUCCCGACCAACGUAAUAAAACCGUUUUUUGUGACGCAACCGAACAUCGAAAUCGACGCUUCACAUAUCAGGAAUUGAUAUCUAUCGUAAAAAUUUGCUAUUUUUGGGUGAGAUCUAGAAUUAAGAAGGAAGAUUUUGUAUCUUUGAUGGCUGAAAAUCAUUUGGCAAAGUGAGUUUGAAGUUUUGGAAAUCCCUAUAUCUACAAUUUCAGUGUUGCCCUCGAAGCUGCUAUUGGUUUAGAUCCAGAUCUUCGUCUGAAGAAGUGAGUCUAGAAGUUUUUGCAGAAAAUUCCGAUCUAUAAUUUCAGCAUGGAUUCUCUUGUGGCUCCUAAAUUAUAUCCAAAUCGUUUUGUUGCUGAUAUGUAUUUCAACAACCCGAUUGCUGAUUUCACGCAACUCUACCACAAUAAUCGAAUUCUUCAAUGGACUUUUCCGAUUCGUUUUAUUCGCCACGGUGUUAUUGAAUAUGUUUUUCGAAGAAGCGGAUUGACUUUUUCGAAUUUUGAGGAACGUUUGGAGAAAUAUGGAAGAGAAAGAGCAGUUCAUGUAACUUCAACGAUUUGA